UCCAUAGAGGGACAUGCAAGUAUUCUCAACCAUAGCAGUUUCUUUUUAGAAGUCCACUUUUGCCAUAUACAAAAUGCCUAUAAACAUUAGAGCCAGGCCCACGCAGAGCAAACUGUUGGCUGCCCCAAAGAGCAGCGCGCAAACUGAUGGCGGCACAUCACAUUCACGCUUUUCAAGAUCCAACAAACAGCGGAAAGGCAAACAGGCUGCCAUCUCAGCAACAGGCUCGCGAUCUGGGCUAGAACCAGGCUCGGUGUCAGGGGGUGGGCCUGCACCAGCGUCUAAAUUACCUGCAGGUCAAGGAAGCUUGACGAAGCCAGGUCCAAAGAUCAAACCUGGCACAGCAACAGACAAAGGAACAACUCGUGGUUCAGCGACAGCUCCAGGCGGUAAAACCCUGUCUAUGGAGAACAUCCAGUCUUUGAGUGCUGCCUAUGCCACUUCAGGCACCAUUUACCCCUAUGAGAGAGAUUCGUUGGAACCCUCCGGUGGGUACCCCAAAGGCACCAUGACGCUGGGCAGGAGCACCAGCCGCUCCUCCUACACUAACCGAACAACAGCCAUGGGCAGCACCCCCAACAUCACCUCCUCUGGGAUCCAUCACCCGUCAGACCCCUACGGCGAGCAAAGCUUGCAUCCUGCGAGGACUUCCAGUCUGCGGCGCCAGUCUGGGAGACAUCCGCAGGCAUCGGAACCCACGGGACGGGGAGAGGUUCCUUCGAUUGAUUUCCAGUCUCAGCUGAGGGAGCUGCAGAGGGAGAAUGACAACCUGAGGAGAGAGCUGGAUGUUGGGAGGGAUGGUGGGACGGGUCCAAGCAUGAACAAUGUCAACUUCUGGAGCCCAGAUGUGAAGAGAGACAAGGGGGUAAGGCGGGAGGAAGGAAUGAGGGGCUCGGUUCUGAAGGACCACUACAGGACUAACCAAGAGGAUUUACAGCCUGGGGAUAUCAGAAGAAACAAGCAGCUUCCGUUGACGGUCCAGGAGCUUCAGGAGGAGCUGAGGGCUCACAGGGAGAUGAACAGUCGCUUGCAGCAACAGCGGCAGCAGGGCAACUCUAGCUCUUAUCGAGAACACACAGACCAGGACCACCGAGGCGGGCUCAGCCCCGGCCACAGCCCCAGACAAAGUUCCAGCAACCUGCACAGUCCUGCGCCGAGGAACAGCCCGAGAGUCAGCCCGUCGAACACCUACAAUCCGAGGCAACAGGAAGCUGACGUCAUCCUUCACAGCCCUGGUUUUGGCUGUAACACUGCGGUCACUGCGCAGAGAAUCAGCCCUGCCAACACCCUCCGCCCCGGGCCAAGAAUCAGCCCAAACCAGUCCUUCUACACUCCUAGCCAGGGUCCGGUGGCAGCGCCCUGCUCUAGUUCACUCCAGCCGUGUAGCCCCUGCCAGGUGCCUGGGUGUGACGGCCUCUCCUCCUCAUCUCCUCCGCUGGAUCCAUCGGACGAGAAUUACUCCGGGAUGCAGUCGGAGCACGAGCGGCAGGCCAAGGAGCUUUUCCUGCUAAGAAAGACCAUGGAAGAGAUGGAGAUGAGAAUCGAUUCUCAGAAACAGACGCUGGGUGCCCGGGACGAGAGCAUCCAGAAGCUGCUGGAGAUGCUUCAGGGCCAAGGUCAAGGUCAGAGUCAAGGUCAGGGACACUGGGUCCGGGGACAGCGGACAGGCAUCAUCACCAUGGCGGCACAGGAGGCGGAGGCGCAGAUGGAGAACAUGCAUGUGAGAGAGGACACAAAGAUCUCCUCCCUGGAGAGGAACAUCCGAAACUUAGAGGAUGAGGUCCAGGUGUUAAAGACCAGCGGCCUGCUGCACCCGGAUGAGAGACAUGAUGAGCUCAAGCAGGUGGAGGUCUACAAGAGCCAUUCUAAAUUCAUGAAGACUAAGAUAGAGCAGCUGAAGCAGGAGCUGAACAGGAAGGAGUCAGAGAUGCAGGCCCUGCAGACCAAACUGGAAACACUGACCAAUCAGAACUCAGACUGCAAACAACACAUCGAUGUGCUCAAGGAGUCUCUCAGCGCCAAGGAGCAACGGGCCAAUACACUGCAGACAGAGGUAGAUGCUCUGCGUGUGCGUCUCGAGGAGAAGGAGCAGCUACUGACCAAGAAGACAAAGCAGCUGCAGGACCUGAACGAUGAAAAGAGCACGCUGACAGGAGAGAUCAGAGACAUGAAGGACAUGCUCGAUGUCAAGGAGAGGAAGGUUAAUGUCCUGCAGAAGAAGAUUGAAAACCUGUUGGAGCAGUUAAAGGAUAAGGACAAACAGCUGGCUGGGUUGAGGGAAAGGGUCCAAGGCCUCCAAACUGACUCCAGCAACACAGACACAGCCCUCUCCACUCUGGAGGAAGCCCUGUCAGAAAAGGAGCGUGUGAUUGAGAAUCUGCGCGAUCAGAAGGAGCGGGAAGACAGGGUUCGCAUGGAGGAGCUGGAACUGAUGAGGAAGGAAAACCAGCUAUUAAAGGACAAACUUUCAGUACUGCAGCCCCUGAAACUGACUCAGAGUCAGCCUGCCAUCCCCGUCCUGACCACAAACCAGAGGCCUGAUGAAGAGGUAACAGCCAAAGUAGAUGGACCCCCAGCACGAAGCCCCACAACCCAAAACAUUGAAGAAGCAGUCCGGAAGUGUCCAGACAUCACAGACCGUCUGAGGCUUCUGGAGCAGGAAGUGGCUCGCAACAAAGAGGAUUCUGGGAAAUCACAAGUGGAGGUUGAGAGGCUAAUGAUGGCUCUGAGGGAUGCUGAAAUGGACAAAUUGCUCAAGGAGAAGAAAAUUGCUGACCUUGAGAGACCUGGGCAAGUCAAGUCCCCUAACAUCCAGAAGCAGACAGUGGCGGGUGAGAUGAGGAAAGAUGGCCUGAUUGAUGGACAUCCACACUCUUUAUCGCAGCUUCCUCUCUCAGCUUCCCAGGAUGCCAUGCGGGAGACUGCGGAUCGGAUCAGAGAGUUGGAGAGGUCACUGAGGGAGAGCAUGAACACCUCUGCACAUAGGGAGGCUCUCUGGGCGCAGGAGGAGACAGCCCGUGUCCAGUCCCAGAGACAGUUGGAGGAGCUGAUGGGGGCUUUAGAGAAGACACGUCAGGAGCUUGAUGCCACCAAGCUGCAUCUGUCCUCCACCCAGCAGUCCCUGCAUGAGAGAGACGGGCACCUCAACAGUCUUCGCCAUGAGCGACGGAAACAGCUGGAGGAGAUUCUGGAAAUGAAGCAGCAGGCUUUGCUGGCAGCCAUCAGUGAGAAGGAUGCAAACAUCGCCCUGCUUGAGUUAUCCUCUUCCAAACGGAAAAAAUCUCAGGAGGAAGUGAUGGCUCUGAAGAGGGAGAAAGACAGGCUCAUGCACCAGCUCAAACAGCAGACUCAGAGCAGAAUGAAGCUGAUAGCGGAUAACUAUGAGGAAGAUCACAUCCACCCCCAGCAUCAUCCUCACCAUUCUCACCAUAUGCAUCCAGCCAACGUGCAUCACCGAAGCCUGCCAAGAGGGCCCCCCCAUGCCAAUCACCGACCCCCUAUGGACCAGGACGAUGAAGAGGGAAUAUGGGCAUGAUCACCAUCACCAUGGAAACCCUGCAUCCAAUUAUCCACACUGCUUGUAGGUGUAGGCCAGGUACCAAGAUGUUCAAGAGCUUCAACUGCAAGGAACACACUGAACCAGCCCAUACCCCCCCACCAUCAUGUGAGCAGACCUGUAUAUGAACACAUACCCCAGGAUACAAGAUUUUAAUGUAUUAUGGGAAAGCUCAUCGUUCAGCCGGUCAGAUAUUCUCACAUCUUACCGAUGAAUGUCACCUCCGCUGAUAAAUGCAAUGGCCCACAGAGGGUGGGAGAAUGCCGCCCACAGGACCAUCAGUCAUCAGCGUGGAGCUUCAAGGUAUUGGCAAGCGGCCUUUAUUUCCCUAGCUGUUUUCAAUAGACUGCGAGCUGGAUUCAUUUUACAGUAUUGCGGGUGCUACAGAGUUCUGGCUUAACAUCAACCAGCAAUCACUCCACCACUGUCGACUACUGGUGCGGCUGAGCUCAGACAGUGGAACUAGUUGUAAACCAAUGCCAAUCCUGGACUGGUUUGUGAUGGCAUGAAUGUGUUUACUCCGGCAGUUAAAUAGCAGACUUUUGUAAAUAUGACAACAUGGACCUCAAAAUCCACAAUCCACAGAGACCUUCUCAAUGUACAGUGCCAAAGGAGACAACCCUGUCUGCUGAAACAAAUGACUGAAAUGACUGCAUCUGAAUCUUUCCGACUACCCAGUAAACCGCCCUAGUUACUCGUUUAUUUGACUAUUCCCCACUUCCUGCCGAGAGAUCAACAAAGAAAGGUACUUUUGGGAUUAACGAUGCACGACAAAAACUGUUCAAGCAUCAGCUUACACCAAAUGGCGCGUUUCCACUACAGCGCGGAGCACGGUUUAAGAGGGCUGUGACGUCAGCGGCCCGUCUUUGGUUGCGUUUCCACUUGGCCUAGUACCGGCCGGCGGGU